AUGGCGCCCGCCAGCCCAGCCCGGCAGCUCCAGCUCCAGCUCCUCCGGCGAGCCUUCCGCCUCGCGGCCCCAACUGAAACGAGCCCCCUCACGCGGCGGCCGCUGCACGCCUCGGCGGCGGCCCUCAAGAAGCGCAAGAUCGCAGCGGCAAGCAACUCCCCGCCGGCGACGGGCCCUCCCGCGGCGGCCCCCAACGCCCAGGACCCGCUGGACCUCUCGUCGGUCGAGGCCGCGCUGGCCCCCCACGACGCGCACUACAGGUCGGCGCUGCGGACGAUCCUCCACGGCGGGCGCUUCAACCCGUCGGUGCUGGGGGCGCUCCCCGUCGCCGUCCCCGUCGCCGCCAGGUCCGGGAGCGGGAGCGGGAGCGCGUCGGGGGAGCCGUCGACGGUCUUCCCGCUCCGCGAGCUGGCGCAGGUGGUGCCCCGGGGCGGGCGGAGCAUAUCCCUCCUCGUCAACGACAGGGCCUACGUCAAGCCCAUCAUGAGCGCGGUCCAGUCGAGCCGCGAGUUCAACCAGCAGCCGCAGCGGUCGGGCGACAACGACCUCGAGCUGCUGCUCAAGGUGGAGCCCGAGCGGAGGGAGGAGCUGGCCCGGCGCGUCAGGGAGACGGCGCACGCGUGGCGGGACAAGGUGCGCCAGGCGCGGACCCGGCACGACAAGGUGCUCAAGGCCUGGCGGCGGGACGGCACCGUGCUCGUGGACGUGGUGAGGCGCGCCGAGAGGGAGCUGCAGCGCCUGCAGGACGCCAAGAUGGCCGAGAUUGACCGCGACGAGGCCGCCGCCAUCAGGGGCCUGGACCGGAACUAG